GUUACAGUUGUCGGCUUUUCUAACUUCAACGAAACACCAGCUGACGUGUGCUGGUGGUAAAUUGUUUUUGUUUAGGUGUUUGUUGCUGUUGUUGUGUUUUACUUAGUUUAUUUAAUCAGAAAAAGAUUAAUGUAACUUCAGAGGAAGAAGCGGCAGCGUUUGUUCAGGAAGUUUCGCAUUCAUUAAACUUCUCUUCAAACUAUGGCGUGCGCGGGGAACGGCAUAUCAGAUGAGAGAAUCGGGGAAGCCCUGAUCAAAGAAGUCAUAGAGGAAGAGCUGAAGGAUGUGCCCUCAGAGGAUGUCCCGCCUCUCACUCCACUGACUGUGGAGGUGAAGACUGAGCAGGAGGAGAAGCUGGUCAAGCAGCUGAGCAAAAUGAUACGUAUCGUCGGUGACAGAGUGCAGCAAGACCAAGAGUUUCAAGAUGUGAUAGAUGGUGUGGCUUCUGGCUCUGGCUCCAAGUCAGAGAGAUUCAGACAAGUGGCAGACAAAGUGUUUGAGGACGGCAUCACCUGGGAGAGAAUCGCUGUGCUCAUCUAUGUAGCCGGCAGGCUUGCUGUCAAGAUGGUCGAGGCUCACCUCCCUCAGUCGGUGAGAGAGGUCCUUACCUGGGCAGUGAACUUUUUCAAAAACAAUCUCCUGGGCUGGAUUCAGGAACACGGAGGUUGGAUCAACAGCUUCUCAGAGUUGGCAGCUGCAUCCAUCCAGAGGGUGUCGUCAAUGAGCUCUCACAGCUACGGCCUUAUCAUCAUCUUCCUCGCUGGCAUGUCUAUAGGAAGCUUCAUCACCUGGAGGCUGACCAGACAGUCCUGAGUCUGACACACACACAAAAACAUUCAUAUUCGGGACCGGAGUCUCUAGUCUGUUUUUGAACACAUUGGUAUAAUGUCUCUAAACCACUCAGCUCUUCUUUUCAAUCUUCUCUUAUCUAUGCAAACAAAACUGAAAAUCCAAAAACAGCAGUGUUGUGGGGGGAAAAGUGUUUAUUGUGUAACGAUGCAGGGUCUUCUGAACCAAAUGACCUGGUCAGACAUCCUGUUUCUAGUCAGAGGAGGAAAAAAAGUGAAAACCUUUUUUAAGCAUUUUCAGGUUACAGCUGCUGCCUGCUGAAUUUGACUUUUGGCAAUAUAGUGUACAUGAGAAAUGAUGAUGGUAUUUAAAGCACUUUGAGUGCGCUGGGAGAGUAGAAAAGCGCUACAUGAGAGUCAGACCAUUCACCAUUUAUAUGUGAGAGAUGGAGACAGAAAUAAAGUGUUGCACCGCCUCCAUCUGGGGUCUUGUCUGGUAUUGUAGAUGCAGCCUUUAAGGACCAUGUGCUUAGAGCCAUGAUUAGUGCCUCUGUGCUGUCCUUCAGUCCAGCUUGGUCCAGCCACUGGUAGGAUUUCAUGAUAUCAGCCACUUCUUCACCUGCCAUGCAGGGCCUAUCCCUUUCUCAGGUUUCACACAUCAGUUGUAGUACUCAUGAAUCUUUGCUGUUUCAUCGUGGAUAGUGGUUCUGACAUUCACUAGUCCUUGGCCUCCUUCCACUUAGCGUACAGUUUCAGGGUGCAGACUUGGGGUGAAACCCUCCAUGCAUGGUAGGAACUUCCUUGCCUUGAUGUCAGAGGCAUCGCCUCCUUUAGCCUGCUUAUUAUCCCAGCAGUGUACCUGACGAUCGGCAGGGUGUAGAUGUUGAUCUUGGUCUUCCCAUUCAGCUAACUCCUCAGGACGUGCCUUACUCUCUGCAGGUAUUUGGUAGUUGCAGCAUUCCUACCGGCCUCUUCAUGAUUCCCAUUUGUGUGGAAUUCCCAGGUACUGUUCUCAUUGUCUGCGAUGUUGCCUUCUGGUAGUUCGAUUUCCUCAGUUCUGACUUGCUUCCCUCUCUUUGUUACCGUCAGACUAUGUUUCUCCAGUCCGAGUGACAUUCUGAUGUCAUUACUGUAAAUCCUAGUGACAUGGAUCAGUGAAUCACUCAUAUAUACUUCUUAUAUACUGCAGUCAAAGCACUUCUUAUUACUUGACAUAUUCACCCAUUCACAUUCAUUCAUACAAUAAUUUUUUUUCUACGUAAGGGCUUUCUAUCCAACACUCAUACACAUUUAUACUCAGAUGAAUGCACUAGGCGUUCGUAUCUUGCACAAGGAUAUGCAUAUAUGUAGAGCUGGGCGAUAGAACGAUAAUGAUUUGUAUUGCAAAAUACAAUUUUUCUCGAUAGAAAAAUUAAACUAUUGCGAUAGGCCUCAUCUCUCUUGCUCUCUUAAAAAAAAAAAAAAGAACAGCCAAUCCAAAUUAAGUAGCGCAGAGCCGAACCAAUCACAGCCGCAGCGUCACGUCACGUGACUUGUUACGUACAGCACAAGUUCCAAGCCGCACAUGUGUAUUUGUUUGGGAAGCAGCCAGCCGCCGUGCCACCCGGGUAAUGGAGGAAAUGAGUGUGCCGACUAGAGAAAAAUCAACCGAGAGCGUGAGCGAAGGUUACCGAAGAGAAAACAGAUGCUGGCUCCAAUGCCGGAGAGAUUGUCGAACGGAAGGGCCAUAGAAGUUCCGUAGUGUGAAGGUAUUUCGGCUAUUUCAAGUCUGACAAAAAACAGAGUAGCGCACUGUAAAUUGUGCCGAAAGCAAGUCUGGAAAUACAAUAAACCGGUGCAUGCUCAAUCUCUGACUGAAAGCGCCAAUUCGUCAUUCGGCUUUUGUCAGACUAAAGUUUAUUUAUUUUUAUAUUUAUUUUAUUUAUAUAUAUAUAUAUAUAUAUAUAUAUAUAUAUAAGAAUGUUCAGUUAGCAUCUUUAUUUUAAAACUGUUUGAAAAGCUAAGCUAUACAACAAGGAGAGAUUGAGAAUUUCCUUUUAGUUCUCAGUUUAUUUGAUAUUGA